AUGGGCAUCGUAGAAUAUCUUCAAGUCAUGCUGUUUGUAUUUAAUUUGACUCUCUCCACUGCGGCAAAGAAAGCGGUGAAUUGUCAAAACUUCAAGUUUGUUAUCGAUGAAGAUGUCGUCUAUAAUCACAUUCUUGAGGGUCACGUGUUUCAAAGAUUCACAGUCCACAGCGCCAUCCAGUGUCACGUGAAGUGCAAAGAUGACUGUUUGUGCGUAUCCAUGAACUAUUUCCCUUACUCCAUGGAAAAUAACUGCGAACUUAACGUUGCCAACAAAGACAUGGAACCAGCGGCGAUGAAACGGAGGCAAGAAGGAAAUUAUUAUGAUUUAGUGAGAAGCUACACGGUGAAGGGUGGAGACAAAUACACGCCAGAGAAGCAUCAUUGCAUUAACAGAUGCUGCCGCACCAAUCCUUGCCUCAAUGGAGGGGUAUGUCAGGAGAUUUGUGACACUCACAGCACCAGGUUUAACUGUACCUGUCCUAACACAUACUUUGGUCAGCGGUGUGAGAAGAUGAAACAUCCGAGAAGCUGCAAAGACAUAGCUAAGAACGGUGCCUCGACAUCAGGAAAAUACGACAUCUACGAUUCAAACAGUGAACGGUUUUCUGUUUACUGUGACUUGCAGUCUGAACCUGGCUUUGUAUGGACGUUAAUACAAUCGUUUUCCUUGGCUAAGAGAAAAACCUUCAUGAAUGCAGGGUUUGGCAAGAACUUUGAGAUUUAUAUUGAAGAGGGGGAAGUGAAUUGGAACGAGUUCCGACUAUCCUUAUUACAGAUGCAGUCUCUUGCUAUUUACUCCACACAUCUGAGAGUAACCUGUAACUUUUCUAUGGAUGGUUUGCAGUAUACGGACUACGCACGCGCUAAGCUGGCAGGUCAUGACAUUUUUGGUACCUGGAUGACCUGUCAGAUGUACGAAUAUGUUAACAUCCGAGGAAUCCAUUGCUCUAAUUGCACUGCCCUGACAAAACAGCAGGAAGAUACGUCUUGGCACAUAAAGAGUAACAAGAGCAUAGAAGCCGGAUGUGAAUUUGAUGGAAAACCAGGUGCAGUCCCUGAUGAAAAAAAUUUCGGACAAUUUCAAGACCGUACUAAAAAUCAGCAUCACCGCUGCUCGUUUUCUCCUACGUCCACAACGCAGCAUUGGUUUGGAGCUAAAUAUGAAUUGUAACUUUUUGUGAAUUAAUUUUCUUUCACAGAAAAGGAAACUCGGCCAACUGAAAGCAAGAAA